UUUUCGGACGUAUAAUAAAAACGGAUCGAUCUCAUUUCCCAUAUCUCUGCAAAUUACAUUGUGGAAAGAUCAAAGAAAGCUAGAACAAUCUGUGCCAUGGAUAUCAAAGCUGUAGAACACGGGCAACCUCUCUUGAAGAACAUGGAGAUGGGAGCCGGCGAGACAGUCCGAGAAGAGCCACAAACCGUGUCGGAAUGUCCACUGUUACAUCCAAUAUUAAAGCAACCAAAAACCAAGAAACAAAAGAUCGUGAGAAAGACCUUCAAAGGAACCGCCAUCCUGUCCAGGCUUCUGCCUACAGGCUCAGCCCUCACGUUCCAAUUACUGUCCCCGAUUUUAACAAACAACGGCCGAUGCAGAACCGAGUUUUGCCAAAACUUGGUGCUCAGUGUCGGCAUGUUCUGCGCCGGAGUGUGUUUCUUUCUUUCGUUCACCGAUAGUCACAGAGACGAGAGAGGCAAGGUCCAAUACGGGGUGGCUACGUUUAGAGGGUUAUGGGUGAUGGAUGGCAAGGUUGAACUUUCGGUAGAGGAGGCCAACAAGUACAGGCUCAAGUUCAUUGAUUUUCUCCAUGCUUUUGCGUCCGUAAUGAUUUUCAUGGCGCUUGUUUUGUUCAAUCGAAAUGUCGUCAACUGCUUUCGUCCGAAGACGGAAGAGGAGAGCAAUGAGUUGUGGCUGAUGGUGUUGCCUGCAAGCAUUGGAGCCAUAGGCUGCCUUUUGUUUGUUGCUUUCCCUAGCAAGCGCCAUGGAAUUGGCAGACCUCUCUCCAAAAACUAGU